GUUUUCGAGCUGUUUUCCUCCGCGAAUUCAACCAACCAGUGCAUUGAAGUGCGAGGCAGCCUUGUGUGGAAGAGCUUUGUUCACGACAUCAUUCCAACUCCCACCAAACGCCUCGCAAACUUGAUUCCUUGUAUCAGCAAACUUUUUCAGAGCCUAAAGAUAUACCUUUUCCUGGAUACGUCUUCAUGAUCUGACCCUCCGCUUGGAUUCUUGACUGGCGCCAGCACGAUGCGUCUCAUCCACACACUUAUUGCAGUCAUCACACUGGUUUCUUCCGCCAAUGCCUUCUUCCCUUAUUUUCCUCCCUAUAUGUGCCCGGAAGAUGAUCGAUGUGUAAACCAACCCAAUUCUCCCAGGGACAUGAAGGAUGAGGAUUCUGGCAUCGCGUCGUUGAAGAUCUCUCAGCGGUGGCCGAAGACCGAAGUCUCCCGAGACCAACAGGUUCGCCGUACUGUCAACAAGCUGAUCCGCAAGUACAAUCACCCAAGCCAAGUCCGAGGUUCUGCGCGAGACAGUGUUGAGAAGCGAGGGACCAACACAUAUCCCGUCCAGACAGCCGCAAAUCCAACACAGACAAACAGUGCAGGCAUAGAUCAGGAUGGUACAGACUUCUCCUACUUCACCCAGGUACAAUUUGGAUCGGCAAAUACUCCGCUCUACAUGCUACUAGACACCGGAGCGAGUACAACAUGGGUGAUGGGUCCUUCUUGCGGCUCUGAUGCUUGCAAAUCCCAUGACUCAUUUGGAGCUGCAGACUCAAAAACCUUCCAGACAACCGCGGAUCCCUUCUCCGUCGCUUAUGGCGCGGGAAGUGUGAGCGGAACCUUGGCGUCGGAUAGUGUCUCCAUUGCAGGCAUGAAGUUUCAAAUGACAUUCGGAAUUGCGAACAACACCAGCGACGAUUUCAAGUACUUCCCAAUCGAUGGCAUUCUGGGUCUCUCGUUACAGAAGGGAUCUACACCUAGCUUUGUUGAUACUCUCGUUGCAUCCAAGGCCGUCAAAUCGAACAUUUUUGGCAUCAGUCUCAACAGAGCUUCGGAUGGCGACAACACCGGAGAGAUCAAUUUCGGCGCUGUUGACAGUUCCAAAUUUACCGGAAGUCUGAACUACCUGCCUGUGUCCGCAAAUAGCGCAGGCGACUGGGCCAUCCCUAUGGCAAACGUUGGCUUUGGAAGUAACCAAGCUGGCGUCACUGGCAAAUUGGCGUACAUUGACACAGGAACAUCCUUCAUUUUCGCUCCUCCAGACCAGGCCGCGGCGUUCUAUGCCGUCGUGACAGGAGCAAAGAUCCUAUCAACUGGUGCCACCGUCACAUACUCGGUUCCAUGCGACACCACAACGGCUUUGACAUUCACGUUUGGCACAACCACCUAUUCCGUGUCUCCUAAAGACUGGAUUAGUGCUAGCGUGAACGGUGUUUGUACUGGUAAUGUCUUUGGGCGCACAAUUGUUGCAGACUCGUGGUUGUUAGGAGAUACUUUCCUCAAGAACGUGUAUGCCGUGUUUGAUGUGGACAAAACCAGAGUCUUGCAGCUGCGGUUGCUGCAGUUUCCCUAGCAUCAACUUCUGCUAGUGGUACUUCUCCUUCUGUUCCGGAUUCUACAUCUC